AUGUUGCCGAGUUUUGUGCCGCCACGAGAGCAUUCGAUCUUUCCACGGCCCUCGAACGACGAGUUCCUGCGCUAUUGGCAGGUCUAUCAACAGCAGCUCUAUCAGAUGCUCUACACCAUCAAUUCAAUUGAUCAGAAUAUGAACGCGCAUAUGAAAGUGUUCUGUUCACCGGAAUCCUCUGAAGGAACGUCGACGGAGUCUUCUUCAGAAAAGAAGAAAUUCGAUUUCACCCAUUUGGCCGAGUCGAUCGAAAUUGAGGAGCGUGAAAAAGCUAAGGUUGAAACGACACCAACACGACCAUUCGUCGUCACCACGUCUCCAUACAGUCGGCCACCAUGGUUUUUGCUGCCUGGACGAGGUCGUACUACUGGAAAGGCAAACCGGCCUAAAAAGGAGUUCAUUUGCAAGUACUGUAAUCGGCACUUCACUAAAUCCUAUAAUCUCCUGAUUCAUGAGAGAACCCACACUGACGAGCGUCCGUAUUCGUGCGAUACCUGCGGCAAGGCAUUCCGACGUCAAGAUCAUCUCCGAGACCAUAAGUUCAUCCAUUCCAAGGAUAAGCCGUUCAAGUGCGACGUCUGUGGAAAAGGAUUCUGUCAGUCGCGGACGCUUCAAGUCCAUCGUGCCGCUCAUACAGAAUUUACCGGUGAUCAGGAUAUUGACGAUCGGGCCAUGCUCGUAUCCCCAUCCACUGUAGACGUGGAGCCGUUGUUGACGCCCGGAUCGACCCCGGAGUACAAUCUCGACCCACCGAGUCCAUCGUCGCGAAUCUGCUGA